AUGGGAUGUCUGGAAAUGAAGGCCGCGGAAGGACGUGCUGUGAAGCAACUGGUCUGCGCAGAAGGAUCUGUAACUGUGGCAUCUGAUGCUUGCCCUGUGGUGUAUAUCAAGGAGAAUCUGUUGAGUAAGGGAAUCGAGGAUCUUCCGCCGCCUAGGCCAAAGGUCACUGUGUCUGAAGAACUUCCAGAGUGGUGCCCCAGUCAGGUGUAUCUGACUUGUCUGAUUGCCGAGCUUAAAGUGCUUUGGGGAAAGGUUCAGACCAGCGAGGCGAGCGGGAUGCUGGGCACUUGGGAUGGAAGGGAUGAAGCAAUUGAGGACCUCAUGAAGUUUCAGGUUCCAGAUAGCAUCAAGCCGCUACGACUGUGCCGGUCUUCUGAUAUUUUUUUGAAGACUUGUGAUAGCAGCUACACGCUUGAAGGCGUUAACUGGCCGAUGAGUGUCAAUGUGACUGAUGCGUUUCAAGGGUUAGCUGAGCAGCACCGCGUGCGGUGCAGCAGGCUGGAUGUUCAGUCAGAUGAGAUGGAGUGUCAGACUCGAGACUUUGAGGCUGACUGUGCAGCUGAGGUUCAAGGGUUGGAGAGUGAACUCCGGGAGCUUGCGGAAAUAGAACAUAAAAUGGUUAUGUCACUUCAAGGUAGUACUCCUACUCACUGCGGUGCAGAUGCCUUGGAAGGGGACAGCAAAG